AUGGGACGUAUAGGUGCAAAACCAAUUCAGCAGUACCAAAUUCAACCCCAAAAUGAUCAGCACCAGCUACAACCUCUUAAAGAAUACACUUCCCAAGUGGAAAGUUUUGAUCAUCAUCAAGACCCUGAGACCAUUGAUGAAAUACCUCCACCAUCCAUUGAGCCUUUCCAUGAAGAUCUUUAUCCAGAAGAAAGUCAUAAUGAGCCAUCACAAGAACUGACAAUGCAAAGUGAAUCACAAGAAAAUCAAGACUCAGUACAACAGCAACAAUAUGUACGGGUAGCGCCUCAUCCAAUAAGCAGACCUGUGAACACACAGCAAAAUAGAAAGACUCAGAGGCCUAAGAAGCAGCCGCAGCCCCAAUCAGGAACUCUAAGAUCACCACUACAGCCAAGCCAACACAACAGCUUCCCCGUUCACGAUCCUCAACCUCAACCGGAAGCCUUUCCUCCAUCUCUGUCUCAACCCUUGCCACAUCCCUUCCCACCUGCUCAAGAUUACUACGAGCCACUCACCUUUCCUCCUACGCAAGAAGAAGCGCAUGCAUUUCCUGAAACUGUGCCACAGGACUUCCCUCCUGCUCAGGACUGUUAUGAACCACAUGGCUUUCCUCCUACUCAGGAAGAGGAGGAAGAUUUUCCUCCAACUCCUACUAAAGCAUAUGCCUUUCCACCGCCUCAAACUGAUCCACAAUUCUUUCCUCCUCAGGCUAAACCACAGGCAUUUGUGCCUCAAAUUCAUAAUGUGCCAGCUUUUGCUAGCUCUCAGCCUCAAGCAGACUCCCAUGAUGGGAAUCCCAACAAAGCCACUUCUUCCAACUGA